AGACUGCAGGUCUGCUGAGGUCAGUCCGUACAGACAGGAUGCUCUCCUCAUGCUGCUCCUCUGCCAGACCACAGACACUCAAGGUGUUAUGUGCUCACAUGAGUAUGUUUUACUGCGCCAUGUGUCUGGCAGGCUGGCCGCUCUCCUCAGAGGCCGCCAGACUCCGCUGUGGUUCUGAUCUCCUCAGUGACCUCAUAUUUGUGUGUGGGGAUCGUGGAAUCUAUUUAGGUAAAGGUACGUGGUCUGGUUAUGGUGCUCGUCCCAGAGGGAAGGGGAUAGUGGAUCAGUGUUGCAGGCCAGCUGGCUGCGAACUUCAGCAUCUGGAGAUGUACUGUGCCAAACCAAAGAACCAGCAGCACACCACUGCUUUCCCAGCCACAACCAGUACAACACAUACCACUACACAGCCAGACAUGGCACAGCAGUUCCAGGCAGUAUUUCACAAGAGACUUUUAGAGCACCGGGGAGCUCCCAACAGUCCAAAGAGGGAAGCUCAUAGAAAGAAAACACAGCCUUCAGUAAAAAGGAAAAGCAAAGAUUCAUCAUCAAACAGGAAGACCGCUACAGCCACCACAUCGAGCAGGCCUCCUUCAGCCUCUGCGAGUCCCCUGCAAAGAAUGAUGAGACUCGAAUCAUGACCUCUGAACUCAUGAAAAACUGCAUAUUUAUAGUUACUGGAUUGGACUCAGCAAGUUUGAAACACUGAUGCUGACUGUUGUAACAUUAACUUAAAGAAAUUCUCUGUUUCACGGUGGUUGAAAAUGACUCCAAAGCACCAGAUUAUCAAUAGAUUUGGAGGGAAACAAAGACUUGCCAGGUGAUAUGAAAAACCUACUGGCAGCCAUAUUGGACAUCCUGAGCUCCAGGAAAAAAAUACAGCUGAAAUAACUCUCCCUUAUCUGUAAAUCCUCCUUCUCUUAUGUCAUCUUUACAGUGUUUUGGCUUUAUGUGUAUACUACUGUAACAGCCAUGUCUGGAUUUCAAAGGCUGAAACUCCAUUUGAUAGCUCACUACUUGACUGGCAGUCAAGUCCAGUAAUGUUUAUAGUCUUGGGCUUGUGGGAAAUGGUGUUUGUUGAACUGAGAAAGCCAUUCUUUCACUGGCACUUUUCACUUGGCACAUGGCAAACACAGCUGUUUUGAAUUUUGAAACAUUUUAACAACAGUAUAAGAUUGAACACAACUUGACCUUUUGUUUUGCUGUUCAGGUCCAAUGCUAUCAUAAACAGCUGACUCAUUUUACUUUGACAUGGCUGAAGUUAUCAUCUCUUUCCAAGACCGUUCUGAGAGUUCUUAAAGUUAUCUCAGCCCUCUGUGUCUUACAGCCUGAUAAAAACAAAUGGCUCAUCUAUGCUUAGUAAGCAUUAUUGUGAAAUUAAUGAGUAAAUUCAAAGUCUCAGUUUUCACUGAGAAGAACACAACAACACAUUUUGGAGGAGUAUUCCCUGUCCACACAGGGCUCACAGAGUAUGAAUGAAGCACAUUGAACAUUUCAGGUACAGUCACAUUAAACUCCUGUGAAUCGUGCUGUCUCCCAUUCACUGUGACUGAUGCCUCAACAACUGAUGGAUUCUUUUGUACUUCAAUCUCCUGGCAGUAGGUCAGAGUUUGUCUUUGUCCAUCUUUGACCAUGUGGAUGUGCUCAGCUGGCCAAUAAAAACAUAUGUUUCAGUGUGUCAUCAA